AGACUGCAGGUCAGUAAAUACAAUUUCCGGUGCAAAGUUCGAAGUUCAACUUGAACGAAGAGGUCAGAGUGUCCUUUCACACGUGUUUCCAGUAGUUUCUGAUCAUUCUGUGAGAAGAGAGGCAUCGAGACCGUUUAAACCUUCUCCGUUACUUGUUGUUUCUUAUCCGCAAUAAUGUUAAAAUCGCUUGCCCGUGUCGUCACCACCGCGGCUCGUUUUUCUGCGAGAACGACCACCGUUUCCUGGGCCGGAACACUGGAGCCUUUGGGGCGACCGGCACUGUGCGUUCCAAAUUCGGCAACAAUUCGGCCUUUCACUCGGUCCAUCUGGAUGAUGCGAAACAGCGGGUCUGGAUCAGGACCCAGACCAACAUUACUCUCAAGUAGGGGUACUCCAUCUGUGUCGUGUGGCUGUGGAGGGCUUCAUACAGAAGGGGAUAAAGCUUUUGCAGAGUUCCUUUCGGAUGAACUCAAAGAGGAGAGGAAGAUUAAGAAACAUCAGUCACUUCCCAAAAUGUCUGGCGGGUGGGACAUGGACCUGAAUGGCACAGAAGCCAAGCUAAUUAGAACACUCGCUGGAGAAAAAGUGACUGUCACGUUUAACAUCAACAACAGCAUUCCUCCCAACUUUGAGGAAGAGGAAAACCAGGGGCAGAAAAGUGGAGAGAAUGAGCCUGAAAUUGUGUCAACACCCAACUUUGUGGUAGAAGUAACAAAACACGCCUCAAACACUUCCUUGGUGUUUGACUGUCACUAUCCAGAAGAUGAGGCUAGUCAUGGGGAAGGAGAGGAGGAGAGUGACAUAUUUGCUAUUCGUGAGGUCAGUUUCCAGCCCAUAGGGGAGGCCGAUUGGAAAGAGACCAGCUACACGCUCAACACAGAUUCUCUGGACUGGGCUCUGUAUGACCACUUGAUGGACUUCCUGGCUGACCGUGGAGUAGAUAACACCUUUGCUGAUGAGCUCAUUGAGCUGAGCACUGCUCUGGAGCAUCAGGAGUACAUUGGAUUCCUGGAGAAUCUCAGUGGCUUUGUCAAGUGCUCGUAAGCACAAAUGGCCAACAAAGACACAAUUCUUCUCACAUGAAAACACCUGUGAAUUGUGUGCAACGAUGGACUUGUCCUUAGUCAACUGUGUGAAGGCAUGUUUAAUAUCAGGGACUGCGGGUUCAUUGCUGGAGGAAAUUUUGGGAUAUUACUCCGUGAGGACCUUAAAUGCAUCUUGGGCUGUCUGAAUCUGUGCACUUGCCUACCAUUGAGUAGGCAUGUUGCAUGCAAGGUGUAUACAACUUGUAUACUCAAUAGUACGCAAGUGUACCGAUUUGAACACUGCCAUAUUUUUUCCUUGAAAAACAUGUCUUCCCAUUUUUAAAAGUGCCCCUCAAAAUCGGCCAUGUCAAAUUCAAAAGUAGUCCCAUGGCACUUUACUCAGGAGUGUUAAAAUGUAAAAGUCCAGCAGAGUUGUCCUUGCCUUUAAAGAGUACAUGUUCAGUCCUUCAUUAAGAUUGAGGCUCAAGUAAAUGGGAGCACUUUAAGUGCACACAGUUUAAGCUGAAUUCCCCUCUAUUGUUACAGUGUGGUGGGACAAAUUGUACUAGUUAUGCAUAGCCUGAAUUUAAAUGUAAAUUGGAAUUCCUCUGAAAUAUGAAUAAAUAAGUUUACUUA